UUCAAUAAGUUUUAAUGCAAAUUUGUUAUUUUUCUUGUUAUUUAAAUAAUGUUAAUGGAAAUUAUAACCAUAAUACUAGUAAUUAACAAAACUAUAGUUCACAAGAGUUAACCAAGUCCUGAACAGUUGAACCAAUGGUAUUUAGAUCUAACAUCAUGUUACCAUGACAACAUUGGAAAAAUUGGAUAUAGCACUUACCCUUAAUGGUUUACAAAUCAAGUUAUACAUUAUUAUUAUUUAAAAUUUUUAUAUGAAAUUAAAUAAAUUUUAUAUUAGAUAUUAUCCUCCAGGUAUUGUUUUUGAAUAUCAGAAGCAAAGAAGAACAAAGCAAAAGAUUUUGGAUUUGUUUGACAUCGAAAAAGAGACGGACGUGGAGGCACUAGCCGCUCGGAUCGCGGUCGACGAGCCGUUAAUCACCCCCGGGGUACAGCCUCAACUGGUAGCGCUGUUGCGUAAGCUCAGAAACAAGUCAUCGUCCGACCACUGCGGGGACCGACACGAUGUGACCGGAUCGCCAUCGUUCCGCCUCGACCGGACCCUGAGCGGUGGCCAUUCGCUGCCGAUAACGAACGUGUGCGCCGACAAGUACGGAGACAUAUGUGCCACCGGAAGCUACGAUCGGACGUGCAGGAUUUGGAACGCCAGGACGGGAGCGGAGAACCUGACGCUCGCCGGACACGAGAACGCGGUGUACUCGGUGUCGUUGGCUGUCACGGGAAGAGCGUUGACCGGAUCAUUCGACAAGACCGCGCGGAUAUGGUCGCUGGACGGCGGCGGCGAGUGCUUGUGCACCAUGAGCGGACAUUCGGCCGAAGUGGUCGCGGUGGACGUCUGCGCGCCCCGGCAAGUGGUGGCCACGUCGUCGAUGGACCGAACCACCAGACUGUUCAGCGCCGCCACGGGUAAAUCGCUAGCAUCUAAUCCUAAAGCCGGGUCCACACGCCCGUGGUUAAACGAUUGACGAAAGAACAAAACGAAGAAAAAAAAUCCGUAAUCACUGCAGAGAACGACGGGCAAAGUGGCAAGCCCUCCGUGCAGGUACACUGUUUGGCAACCGAUGGAACGCAACGCGACAAUAGCGCGUAACGCGUAACAGCAGGGGCGUAUAUAAGGGGGGAUGUGGGGGGGUCAGAUCCCCAUUCAUAGGUAUUCUUAAAAUUGUAUAAAAUAUAAUGUUCUUAAUGUAAGGAAAUUAUAAGGA